UUCUCCUCUUUCUCCUCUCCAGGCAAAAAUUGUGUUUAUUUCCCGCAUAAAGAUCUCCAAAUUGCCAAUAGACCCAUCAAAUACUCAUUGAAUGCAAUAAGAAAUACAUAUAUAUCAGCUCAAGCUUGAUUAUUUAGCAUGGCUACUCUUUCAUCCUUAAAGCUGGCACUUAGACAAACAGCCGCGGCAGCAUCGUCUCAGAGACAGCCACUGUCCGACGCCCAGUACAGCGCUGGCUUCACUUUCUUCACUAAUGAAUCUAGAUUGACGGCGUAUCAAAACUUCAUUAUCCCUCAGCUCUCCCAACUGCUAGCCCCUCUCUUCAAGUCGCGCAAUCGCGUCUCGAUACUGGAGAUCGGACCGGGCCCGAAGAGCGUGCUUGCACAUCUUCCCCAUCAUCUAAGGCAGAAGAUUAAGAGAUAUGCUGCAUCUGAGCCGAAUGGACUGUUUGCUACAAAUUUGGAAGAAUGGCUUUGUUUUAGCGCGACAUCGGAGCCUCCUCUGCCAUGUCUAGAGAGUCCUCCAGACAUCCGUCGAGUGCCAUUUGUUCUGGGGAGCGAUGCAAAAAAUACGACGAAUGAUGGCGACGAAAAAUUCGACGUCAUAUUGUUCUGCCAUAGCAUGUACGGUAUGAAGUCUGAACGCCAUUUCAUCGAACGAGCACUGGAAAUGCUCGUUGGGCAGCCUAAUGAUGGAUUAGUGAUCGUCUUCCAUCGUGAUGAUGCCUUGGACUUUGACGGUUUAGUGUGCCAUCGGACAGCUUCUUUUCCUACUGGAAAUAUCUUCGUGGCAGAUGAGAACGAAGCACUAGACUCUUUUGCCCCUUUCAUUGCGGGUUUCAUCAUGAAAGAUGCUGACGAGGACAUGGCAGUACGGACAAAGUGGCGUGAAGUGUGUCGCGCUCUAGGUCGCCGCCAGGAAGACCACCCACAUCAUCUCCAGUUUAGUGCGCCCGAGGCCAUGGUGGCAUUUUCUCAACAUGCCACUGCGUUGCCAGAGUUGGCUGUGCAUGUUACCUUAAUGAAGGGAGAAAAGGCGGUUAAGAAUAGGGAGGCUCGUCUUUACCGUCCCGCUGCCGUUGCUAAACCGACAGAGAUCCGACAUGUUCAGCAGUGCGUUCAAUGGGCCCUAAAGCACGGAGUCAGUCUAACUGUCGUUGGAGGAGGCCACAGCGGUCAAUGCCUCUGGCCCAAUAUCGUCUCAGUCGAUAUGGAAGCCUUUAACCAAGUACACAUUCUCACGACUGGGGGAGAUGGAUCCAGCUCAGAUCCUUUGGUCGUCGUCGAGGUUGGCUGCAAGACUGGGGAUAUCAUCCGAAAGACUAUGGAAGCAGGCCUGACAGUACCCCUGGGUUCUCGUCCAAGUGUAGGGGCGGGACUGUGGCUUCAAGGGGGCAUCGGGCAUUUGGCUCGACAAUAUGGUCUUGCGAGCGAUGCUAUUGUCGGUGCCGUGGUUGUUGGCCUUGAAUCUGGAAAGGUCUUGUGCAUUGGCCAAGUGCCGAGCCAGCAUCUGCCUGUUGAUGCUGUGCGUCCGGAUAAUGAAUCUGACCUAUUAUGGGCAAUGAAAGGUGCUGGAACAAACUUCGGUAUCGUCAUUAGCGUCACCUUUAAGGCUUUCGUUGCUUCGACAUAUACGGUGCGAAACUGGGUCAUCCCUCUGAGCGAUGGUGAUAGCCUCAAAUCGCAGCAAUGGCUCAAAUAUUUCAAUGUAGUCGCCAGGAAACUUCCCAAUGUCUGGUCUGCGGACGCGUAUCUCUACUGGGAAGCUGACCAGUUGCAUCUUGGCGUGACUAUGUAUGAGUCUCCCAUAGUCAACCUCGACGUUGACGCUCCUACACAUAUGCCAUUGGAUGAAGUUUUAGGACCAAAAGAGAGUUUCAAGGUUGUGGAUGGCGUUGGCCUAUUCGAUACCGAGAUGUACAUGUCCGGGAUGCAUGGCGGACACGGUGGCGGCAAGACUUCCUCGUUCAAACGGUGUCUAUUCAUCAAGGAUAUCGGAACAGCCAACAUCGCCAAGAUAUUAAUAGCUGCCGUAAAGACUCGCCCCUCAGCACUCAGCUAUCUCCAUCUUAUCCACGGUGGCGGAACAGUCGCCCACGUUGCUGCUAAUACCACUGCUUUCGGCUGUCGGGACUGGGACUUUGCCUGUGUCAUCACUGGAGUCUGGCCCCGCGACCAAGAUGGGACUGAUGCUGCUCGAGCUGCCGUGCAGUGGGUUUAUGCCGUCGCUGAGAACCUGCUGCCCCUGAGCAGCGGAGCUUAUGGGGCCGACCUUGGACCAGAUCCAAGAGAUGCCUCUCUGGCAGCCAGGGCGUUUGGACCAAACCUGCCACGACUGGCUCGUCUCAAACGCGACUUGGAUCCUCACAAUGUGCUGGCUUUUGCCUGUCCACUCCCGAAAAGCCCAAUGGAGCCAAAGCUCAUCAUUCUUGUCACGGGCGAAAGCUGCGCUGGCAAAGACUAUUGCGCUCAUGUUUGGGCUUCUGUGUUCUCCAAGGAUGUUCAUAGAAGCAUCAAAGCGCGGGCAGUCAGCAUUAGCUAUGAGACAAAGCGAGAAUACGCAGCUGCUACUGGAGCUGAUCUGAACGCUUUGCUAAAUGAUCGUGCAUACAAAGAGCAGCACCGGCCAGCACUGACAGAAUUCUUUCAGGAACAGGUACGGCAGCGACCGAAGUUGCCAGAGGAGCAUUUUAUGAAUGUUGUUCAUAGCGCUGCAGAUGUGGAUGCUUUGCUAAUCACUGGGAUGAGAGAUGAGGCGCCGGUUGCUGCUUUUUCACAAUUGGUGCCAGAUAGCAGGCUUCUUGAGGUUCGCAUCGAGGCCAGCAAAGAGACAAAGAGGGCUCGUCGAGGCUGUAACUGUGAUGAUAAUGGCUGUCGUGAUGAUGGUGAUAUUGAUGACCACCAAGAUCGUGAACAAAAUAGUAACAGCAACGGCAAUUCAGGGCAUGUGACACCAUCAGACUACCGCCCAAGCUUUAACUUUUACAACGACAUAGCUGGAAACGAAGCGGCAGUGGCGUUUGCCAACAGCCACCUGUUUCCCUUCUUCGACCAAAACCUGCAGCGGCUGGCCAACAUGGUGCGUCCAAUACCAAACUUUCCGCGCCAAGGGAUUGAGUUCCGUCACGUCCUCGAUAUCUCUCAGCAACCAGGCGGGCUGGCCUUAUGCUCCUCUCUGCUGCAAACCCACUUCAGUGGUAACUGGGCCAAAGUCGAUGCCAUAGCAUGCUGCGAAGCUGGAGGAUUUGUGUUUGCGUCAGCAUUGUCUGUGCGAGUUGAUGUGCCUUUGUUGCUGAUUCGCGAGGCUGGCAAGCUUCCGCCGCCUACGGUUACCGUCGACAAGUCCCCAUCGCAUAUCUCAUCGCAUUGUUCGGGAGAGAAGAAGAUCGCGAUGGAUCGGGAUAUGGUUUCUCGAGGGGCUUCAGUGGUGGUGAUAUAUGAUGUACUUGCUACGGGGGAGACACUCUGCGCGGUGUUGCAGUUAUUGGUCAAAGCUGGCGUCAAUCCUGAAGAUGUGAGUGUUAUGAUUGUUGCUGAAUUUCCUACACAUGGUGGGCGUCAACUACUGCAUCAACGCGGGUUUGGUAGAGUCGGUGUUCAAAGUCUUUUGGUGUUUGGUGGUGCUUAAGAAUACAUGAAGAAUCAUUUAUUCAGAGAGUUAUGCACAGGGCCUAUUCGACAGCUUGAAGCAAUACAGACCAGUUAUCAUUAAAUCAUAUUGAAAGAGUUAAGAGACGUGGCUAAUAUAUACACACCGUCAUAUUCUUUGGAAUACUUUAUGAGAAACUACUAAUACUCAGUAUGCA